AAGGUUGACACCCGGGAUUCGUACGGUACCGAACUUGUUCUGGCGCAUUUUAUGAAUUUCGGCGCGAAAGAUCCAAAACAGUUUUCCUCCGCCCACAACUUCUGACCUUUGUAAAAGCACCUCCACAUUCUGUUUGAGAGGGCAGCGUUAGUCUAGAUACAUACAGUGCCGGUACCAAGAUGAUUGCUAUCAGGUGUUUUUUGGCCCUUGCCUUGUCCAUUGGACUGGCCAGUGCAGUUCGUCAUCCGCUGGAAGAGUCAAUCUCGUGGGAACUCCAUGUGCGUCGAUUGGAAGGAGGGGAAGAAGAGCCAGAGGAUGAGGAAGACACUCCGUACACCAUCAAGCACAAAAAGCCCAAGAAUCAUAUUCCGUUUGCCGGCGGAGACACAACCCAUGGUAUGAUGAUUGAUGCUGGAUCGCAGGGUACUCGCUUGCACAUUUUCGAAUGGGGCAAACGCAUUCUGUUGGAUCAAGAAGACCUCUUGGAUGUGGCUCACGGAAAGAAGCUCUCCAUCCCCACCUCCAAUUCUCGUUGGACCGACAAAUACACACCCGGAUUGGACAAAUUGGCCUACCACAAAAAGCCAGCCAAGUUAACCAAGGCACUCCGAAACUAUCUCGGUCCAUUGCUCGACUUUGCCAAGAAGGUGCUCAAGGACAAGGAACACGAAUGGCACACCUAUCCGAUAUAUCUGAAAGCAACGGGUGGAUUGAGGACGCUGCCAAAGAAAGAUCGGGUUCGUCUGAUUGAGGCCAUUCGAGAUUUAUUCAACCAGGAUAAAACCUUCAAUCCGUUUGCCUUUGAGGACGAACAAUGCCGUGUUAUUAGUGGGGAAGAGGAGGCCAUCUAUGGUUGGGUGGGUGUGAAUUUUGCCAAGGGUAGUCUCAUCGAUUACAGUUACGGAGAGGGAGAUGCGACCAUCCGGAAACAUCGUCAACUGACCUACGGAAUGCUGGAAAUGGGUGGAGCGUCAACUCAAAUUGCAGUAUAUGAAAAUAAUGGAGACCUGAUGGCCAACCUCUUCAAGCUUCAACUGGGAGGAUCUAGACACUGGAAUGUCUACGUUCAUUCCUACUUGUACUUUGGCAUCAAUGGUGCCUGGACCAGACUCGGUGGACGCCUUCAUUGGGAGGGAACCACUACCAACCCUUGUCUCCCUAUUGGAAGUGAGGUUGAGUUUUCCUCUUGGGCUACCAUGGACCAAGAGGGGAGGUUUUAUCCCCGCAGUGCCAACGAGAGUCAGCCAUACUCGGUGACCAUGGUCAAUAACAAUACAGCUUUUGACUAUUCGCAUUGUGCUGCACACACCAAUUGGCUCCUGAGGAAUGACGCCAACCAAGAAUGGUGUGAGUUCGAGAUGGAUGGCAACUGCGGCUUUGCAGGCAUCUAUCAACCUCCGAUGCCCCAGGUGAACAGGGAUAUUGACGAGUUUGUAGCCACGAGCAACUUUGUUGACGUAUUCAGAUUUUUGAAACUUGGAGAUCGGGCGAGUGUCUCUCAAAUUGGCCAGGCGGCGGAGAAAGUUUGUGCCCUGAAUUGGGAAGAAGUCAAAGACUACAAUUCCAACUUGAAGGAUUCUCCUGUCGGGAAUGAUGAUGAGCACACACUCGCGCAGAUGUGUUUCCGGUCUGUCUUUGUCUACCAGUUACUCCGCAAUGGAUGGGCAUUCGGUGAUGACUAUGAGCUCACUGCAGCAGACGUUAUCAAUGGCCAGAAAAUGGGUUGGGCGCUUGGUUGCAUGCUCUACGAAAUCAACACUCUUCCAUGGGACUUUCAUCCAGAGUUACUGUACAGAGGCCCGGAUUGGUGGCUCAUCACUUUGUACGUUAUCAUUGGCACCUUGGGGGGAGGCGCUAUCGGGUUUGCCAUUGCCAUGAGAACAAGCAAGAAAUUCAACAAGAGAGUACGACAAUCCGUCUUUUUCCAAAACAGCGCACUCUUGAACAAUCCUACCGUUAGAAAAUCGUUGUCUUGCCCACCAUUGGAUUUGGAGGAACUUUUGAAGGAAGAAGAAUAUGCUUUACACCAACAAUACAGUGAUGAGGCAGAUAAAUUGGCCGAAGAAGAAGCCUUGAUUGGUGAUGAUAAUGGCACAAAAUACACCUAGCUUGCAAUGUGAAUCGCAAAAACUGCUCGUGUCGAGACAACCGUGUCAACCAUCUGGAGUUAACUGGUUUCGAGAGUGCAAAGGUGGGCCUUGGGAGACACGGAUCGGUAUAUCACCUCCCUCCGGAAGGCUGGCACUGGGAGAUAUCCAGGUGCUGGGAAUGGACUGAGACUCGCUUCAGAACGUGCCUCGACCGUUUGCGUUUUUGGUGUGGUGUGGUCUAUGAUUUUGCUGUUGUUUCGGGUAUGCAAAGACCGUCUCUCCUCCACUUUCCCGUAUAUGCAUAAGAUAGUACUGUAGUAACCCAAAAUUGUGUCUUCCUGUAGAAAUGUUGUUGCAGCAACAAAACGGUUUUCGCAAUGGCUACUUCUGCUGCGAUUGAUGGGGUAAGAACCAGCACUGUGGUG